ACAGGGAUCUGGGGAGGGACACUCAAAAGACAUGUCCAGUCCAGCAACUCAACACCACACCAUCACAUUGAAACGAGGAGGGACAGGGUUUGGAUUUAACAUCUUGGGAGGAGUAGACAAUCCUUGUUAUCCUGGAGACAAUGCAAUCUAUGUGGCUAAAAUAAGAGAAAAAGAAUCUGCAGCUAUUGAUGGAAGACUGAAAGAGGGUGACAAGAUCUUACAAGCUGGUGGAGUUUCACUUGUUAAUAUACAGCAUGACAAGGCAGCACAGGUGUUCAAGAACAUUAAGAAUGAUGUGCUUAUAUUACAAAUUGAGAGGAAGGUAAGGAACUGUUCAACAUACUUUUACAAUCAGCAAAGCACCUAUGGAACAAAUGCCAGUCAGAGCGAGUAA